AGCGGGAGGCGGACGCUCUGAUAGCGUCAUUUCCUGCACCAACCGGAACGUGGCUCUACGGUUGCUAGUAUAGAUUUAUAACUCUAGCAAUAAAUCUGUAGGUCUGGUGUCAGCAACUAACUUUAAAUGCAUGUGGAGGACUUGGAAAAGAUGCCACGAAGUUCUGCAAACGGUGUAACGUCUGCCCAGCUGACAGGUUUAGUUCUGGCAUAAAACAGAAAGCAGGCAUGUACCAGCUGAUCUGAGAGUACACAGGAAGCAUCCCUGUCGCACCGUUAGCUGUUAGCAAUAUUGAGCGUUCCCAGCGAGGUCCUCCCGGUCCUGAACAUGUCCCGUGUCCAGAAGCUGCGGCUCUUUGUCAGCCAGCGACUCAACGCGGCGGUCGAAGAGAUUUUAGCUGCUUUUGAAAAGAUAAUCGUGAAGUAUGAGCAGGAGGCGGCUCUGAGCCUGGAGGUGAUCUCCCGCCAGCACGCGCUGCUCUGCGCGCUCCGCAGCCCGCUCAUGGAGUUGCCGUCGGCAGAUGUCUUCACGCAUCAGCUAGACGUGAGGAAAGAAGCUGUUCCACCCAUCCACUCGGACCCGAACCCAGAUCUGAACCUGAACCUGGAGCCCUCACAUGCGAAAGAGGAACAGGACAGAGAGCAGCUCCAGGAUCUGGACGAGGCCGACAUCAUCCAGUUCACGUAUAGUUCCAGGUGUGCAGUGAGGUCAGGUGAGGGUCUAGAUUUUCCAACUAAACCAGAACCAGCAGAUCCAGAUCAGGAUGUCCAGCCGGUGUUGUCAUCUGAGACUGAAGACAGUGAGGACUACAGUAAAGACCCCAAUGACCCCACUCUCAGACCUACAUCUGACAAACCGCAGACUGCUUGUAGACCGGGAUCCGGGAUCAGCUGCCGGGUCUGCAGCCGCACCUUUAAAGCUUACAGGUUUUUAUUGAGACAUGUUAAAACUCACCUGCAGGAGGCGCAGAAGGUCUGUGGUCUAUGUGGGAAAAGGUUUGAGGCUGAUGACAGCCUGAAGUUUCACCUCCAGACUCAUCGGAGGAGGAGGGAGGAGCAGUACCAGACCAGGACUCGGAGCAGAAAGAGGCAGGCUCAGCUGGACUCAGAGGAUCAGAAAUCCAAGAGCUGUGACGACCAUGGGAAAAUGUUCCUUCGGGUGAUGAAGAAGAGGCACAUGUGCAGGGAAGACCAGGACCCAGAGAGUCCAGGUGGAACAAUGAAGAAGAAGAAGAAGAGAUGCUGAAGGAUGUUUUCAUUUUGUUCAGUUGUUUAUUAUUAAAUGAUUCAAAUGUCUUGUUUCACACAGAAAUAAUCUGAGAGCUUCAGCAAUCAGCUGGAAUUUUCUUAAAAAAUAUUUGAAGGUUUGCAGAGUGAUAAAUGUUCCAAUAAUCUAAAAACUGUUCACGGAAAAGCAUCAUAAAAUUUUUUUUUUUUUACAAAGUUUAGGAUUGUUUCCUCGCAAAUGUUUGAUUUUAAAGAAGAAGGAAGAAAUAAGUUUUUCAGAAGAAAAACAUUUAUAUAAUAAAAAUGUUGCACAUUUAGAUGUAAAAUUUUACAAAAUCUACUUUGGACAUUUUUCCUCACCUUAUUUUUUCUUUUUUUUGUAAAUGGGCUGGUUUUUAUGACACUUUUCUCCUCUGUGUACUCAGAGCACUUUAUACACCCGCACAUUUACACACAAGUUCUUUUUUCUGUACGAAGUGCCUUUGUCUCACACUCACUCACACAGAUGUGUCGUGGGCAUCUUACCCAAGGACAGACAGACUGGAGUAACUGGGAAUCAGUCUACCAACCUCCGAUUGGUAAACAGCCCUCUCUACCACGUGAGCCACAGCCACCCCCAACAGUUACAGUGUUGUUUAGUUUUAUAAAUAAAACCAUUUUUUGAGAUACUUGUGUUAUUUUACUGUUUCCACAAUUAAAGUAAGAUG